GAACAUGGUGUUGUAGGGAAUCUGAGAUGCUCUGCUUCCUAAUUAUGAGGUAGAGGAUCUUCACGAUAUAUACACUCCCUUUGGUCUUGUAGUAGUGUUCAAAGAUGGGAAGAGCUCCUUGUUGUUCUAAAGUUGGGCUGCAUAGAGGUCCAUGGCUUCCUCGUGAAGAUGCACUUCUCACCAAAUAUAUUCGAGAUCAUGGAGAAGGACAGUGGAGAUCAUUACCAAAAAGAGCUGGGCUUCUAAGAUGCGGAAAGAGUUGCAGAUUGAGAUGGAUGAACUAUCUGAGACCAGAUAUAAAGAGAGGUAACAUAACUCCUGAUGAAGAUGACCUUAUAAUCAGAAUGCAUUCUCUUCUUGGAAAUAGAUGGUCACUCAUUGCAGGAAGAAUACCCGGGCGAACAGAUAAUGAGAUAAAGAACUACUGGAAUACCCACCUCUGUAAAAAGCUCAGAAAUCAAGGUACAGAUCCAAACACGCACAAGAAGCUACCAGAUGAUCCUGCUAAAGAGUCAGAAAAGAAGAAGAAGAAGAGAAGUGACAAGAGGAAGAAGAAGAACAGAGCAGAGUCAGAGUCAGAGAGAAACAGAGCAGAGUCAGAGAAGAAGAUCUUAGUUUAUCUACCAAAACCCACAAGGGUAACAUCUCUAUCCUCCAUUCCCAGAACGGAUAGCACAUUGACGUUGAAUUCCAUUAAUUCAUACAGUGCUGCAGCAUCAACAAGCAAAGAGAAAGAAAAAGAGGUGAACUUGGAGGGAGAAAAUCAAAAUGAUGAUAAUGGGUUUGGAUUCUUUGGUGAAAUGGAAUGCUCCUCUGUUAUUCCAGAUCAUGGGACACUUGAGAAGGUGUAUGAAGAGUACUUGCAGCUCUUGAAGGUUGAAGAGAACCAUGAUCAUGAUUUAGAUUCUUUUGCUGAAUCGUUGUUAGCGUAAAUGUACCAAUUAAGUUAGCUAAUGAUGGUAAAAAUUAUUAAUGUUGGGGUAAAUAAAAUAAGUUCUGCUGGCUCCGGCAUCAGCAUGUGAAUGAAUAAAGGUCUCAAUCUUUUACCAACAAUUUAAGAAAUAAACUAUAGUACCAAACUGCCAAUGGAAAAUGUUUGUACUUUGAAGCUUAGCUUCUCACGCACUUACCUUCCAGCUCAUUGAUCAGUAGAUAGA